ACGCUCAUUUGGAGACCACCGGGCUGGAAAAUUAGUCCAAAGCCAUUGUAUUCAUCUAGACUCUGGAGAAGCCAACAUUUGGUCUGAAAAUCAGUUUCAAGCAACUGUCUACAAUGUAUCAUAACUUUUCCAGUAAACCCAACUCUGUCCAAUCCAAGAAUGCAUAUCUUAGCCGUAGUUCCCCUGGAAUCUAGAGCUCAAAGAAAUAAUGGAUAUAGAAAAGUGUAAGUCAAAUAUGCUGCGUCUCAAAUCAAACAUCCUUCCUGUUGUAUAGUUAUGCCAACAGCAUGUGACUAAUAAAUGCCAAGAAAUAGCAAUUUUGAAGCGUCUAUCAAUCAAAAGCCGUUCUCGACUCUCCUAGUUCUAACAAUCGUCAUUGUACCCGCCUUGCUGCACAUAGUAGGAAGUUCCGAGAGAAAAGUGGAAUUAAACGUAUGGCUCAUGGCCAAUAUUGAUUCUUGUCGUCCCAUUUAGUCAGUCAUUAGAAACCCCCUGAUGCAGCACAAAUACUGAUUAGGUGUACCUCCAGACUAUGAAGCAAAUAAAAGGUCUCCUAGCCAUGGUGCUAGGUGUCAUUGAGCGUGUUAUCCAGUACAUAAUUGGUGUCGAUGACAAAAAGCUGUAUUCAUUGGACCAUGCCAUUCUUAGCAUGGAGGUACCCCCUAGAAGCAUGUGGAUGAACAUGGGAUAUUGGAAGAAUACGAGCUCUUUCACUAAAGCUUGCGAAGCACUCUUAGAACAAGUCCUCAUCGCUGCAAAGCUUCUCAAUGGAGAUGGCACACCCAUCAAGGCACAUCACCAAAACAUUGGAUUGGUUGAUGUUGGGAUUGGCUGCGGCGACCAGUCUUUAUACCUAACAAGAAGACUCUCUAGGGUCAGUGUUGACUCCGUCACUGCCACCUCUUCCAAUGGGAUCAAGACAGCUGUCGAUAACGGUAGCGGUCUCCACAGCAGGGAGAUGAGAAAGAGACGAGGGUCGAGCACUCACGAAGGUCGACCACUGUUCGACUCAUACGUGGGCGUGACUAUUGAGCAAUCUCAAGCAGAUUUUGCUCAAGAAAGACUCUCAAACGACACCAAAGGGGAUCCCGAAAUUUCUGCAGAAUGGACACCAGAUGUAAAGAUUUUUGCCGCUGACGCAGCGGACCCUUCGUCUUGGGGGAAUGAGCUUCAGCAAGCCACUCUAGGCAACUCUGGUCAUGCUGAAAGCAAGAAUGAAGCCACUAGCACGGAUAUAGGGAGCGAGAAGACACAAAGAUGGCUGUUAGCCCUAGAUACAAUGUAUCACUACAAGCCGUCUCGAGACCCGUUGCUUAAACAUGCGUGUCAAGAUAUGCGGGCUUCAAUCAUGGCAUUCGACCUUCUGAUCUCGGAAUCUGCGUCGUUAUGGGAAAAGCUAGUUUUACGACUGAUGUGUCUUAUAUCCGGUAUGCCGUAUGGGAACUUCCUUACGGAGGAGGAAUACGUGAAUAUGCUGGUCCAGGCUGGGUAUGAGCAUGAUAUGAUUGAGAUGAGGGAUAUCUCAGAACACGUCUUCGCAGGCAUUGCAAACUACAUACGAAAACAAGACGCGGAGCUAAAGCGAUAUGGGAUGACCGUGGGCAAGUUCAAGGGAGCCGCGAAGGCAUUCAAUUUGUGGGCAAAGACUGGGGUGUUGCGAGGGUUUGUGGUGGUAGCUCGCCAUCAAGGGUAGUUGCAUCCUCGCACCGCGGCUCUUCGGCAAAACAGUCGGCUAUCUAUCUUAAAGUGUAGCAUGUGAAGGUAGG